CCCUUACGAAACCGCCACACCUUUCGUCAAUAGGUUCGAGCAGCCUCAUCUGCCAACACCAUCUGCUCUCAACAUGGCCUCUCAAGAUACUGCCUCUCUGGCCACCUCCUCGUCCAAAGGUGCAGCAGGACAGAAGCAUGUCGUCAUCAUCGGUGCUGGAGCCGGUGGAACUUGCCUGGCCGCUCGGUUGGGGAAGCUAGGUCACCGGGUGACUGUGGUAGAGAGGAACACAUUUGGAGGUGGGCGCUGCUCGCUUGUGACCCAGGGUGGCCAUCGGUGGGAUCAAGGUCCUUCGCUCUAUCUCAUGCCCGAAAUCUUUGCUGCCGCUUUCGAGUUCCUGGAUGAGAAAGUGGAAGAUCAUCUAACGCUCCACCGGUGCGAUCCUGCCUACCGGAUCCAUUUUUCCGACGGCCGCUCCCUUGCGCUCUCAUCAAAUCUCACACAGAUGGGCGAGAUGCUCGAAAAGUUCGAGCGUCCGUUUGGUAACGAAGAUCCGCUUGGCAGCUUCCUUGCCUUCCUCAAGGAAGCAGGCGAGAAUUACGAAGAGUCGAUCAAGCACGUCUUGACCAAGGACUGGAGCGCCUGGUGGAGCUUCUUCCGGCCCGAGCUCUACCCGAUGCUAUGGAAGACAGGAGCUCUGAGAAUAUAUGAUACCCUCUAUCAUCGGGCAAGUACUUACUUCAAGUCGGACCCUGUGCGGAGAGCUAUGACCUUCAGCGCAAUGUACAUGGGCAUGUCUCCCUUCGAUGCUCCCGCCACCUACUCCCUACUCCAAUAUGCGGAGUACGCCAAAGGCAUCUGGUACCCUAUCGGAGGGUUUUACAAAGUCGUCGAGGCCUUCGAGACGAUUGCAAAAAAGAAGUAUGCAGUGGACUUCAAGUAUGGCCAAGACGUGAAACGGAUCGUGACCCAGGGAAGUCGUACAACCGGCAUAGAGCUGGCGAGUGGAGAACAGAUCAAGGCCGAUGUGGUGGUGAGCAAUGCCGAUCUAGUCUGGACCUACAACAACCUCCUUCCCCCUUCCUCGUAUGCUGGUACGCUCGCCAAGAAGGAUCAGACAUGUUCUUCGAUUUCAUUCUAUUGGGGCAUGUCCGAGGUUAUUCCCGAGCUGGGAGGGCAUAACAUCUUCCUCGCGGACGCCUAUCGCGAGUCCUUUGAUGACAUCUUCAUCCGCGGCGACCUCCCUCAAGAGCCUUCAUUCUAUGUGAACGUCCCUUCCAGACUUGACCCGACAGCUGCUCCGUCCGGCAAGGACACUGUUGUCAUCCUCGUCCCCUGUGGACCCCUGCCUCAGAAGGGAAAGGCAGGCCAGGAGAGGGGCCCUGAGACGCGAGAGGAGUUCGAGCAAGUCACACAGCGCGCUCGUCGGCAAGUCAUCGAGACGCUUCAAAAGCGUUUGAAGCGGCCCGACUUCGGCAGUCUCAUCGAACGUGAAGUGAUCAAUGACCCCUUUGACUGGAAAGAGAAGUUUGGCCUGUGGAGGGGUAGCAUCCUCGGUCUCUCUCACACUAUCCCACAGGUGUUGUGGUUCCGGCCCUCACCUCAGCACGCCAAAUACUCAAAUCUCUUCUUCGUUGGCGCUUCCACCCAGCCUGGGACUGGAGUACCAGUGGUCAUCGCGGGAUCAGGGGUCGUAGCUGAGAAGGUGGACAGGUACCUGAGGGGGCAGAGCGAAGGGUGGCUAAGCUGGGAAGCUCUCAGAGGCAGCAUGGGGCUAGCGGUGGUAGUCCUUCUGGUCUUGAUUGUUAUCGGAAUUCUUUCCGGAGGUGUGGCCAUCGCGGCUGUAGUUGCCGGAGUCGCGCACUACUUUGGCUGGGUGGAUGUACCCAACACAGUCUAUGAGAAGCUGAAGUGAGAAGGGCUAACUCAACGUGUGGCUUACAAGCUGUUGCUAUAUACACUGUAUUGAUGAUAGACUCAACCUGACUGUACUUUUGGC